AUCCCGCUCACGCCGCAGCCCCCUCAGUCCUCACCCCACACUAGUUCCCCAGCAGCCACCAGAGCGCAAACCCUAGUAAAUCCGCCCAGGUACCCCACCCGAACCAGAGCUGUAUCGCGGGGACUAGUCGCCGCGGGGACCGGAUCGGCGCGGGCUGGAGAGGAGCGGAGCAGAUCGUGAGAUCUGCGGAAGGGUAAGGGGUUUGGAGGCGGAUCAGGAGUGGAGGGCGCCUGUUCUAGGUAUCGUAGAGUCGUAGGCUCGGGCGUGCCCUGGAUUCUAGUUUCCGAUUUCAUCCGAAAAAAAAUCUUUGCAUUAAUCCACGGGAAGAGCAACAGGACUCAGGGCACGUAGAUCCAGGAGAAGAGCAACAGAAAUCAAGAAGCCAAGAACAAAAGAGGAGAAGAGCUUCUUGCAGAACUACAAGAUGCCUCAAGUGCGGACUGCCAGCAGGCCGGUGCUUGCCAGCCACUCUGGUGGUGGGUUCUUUAUCAGGAGGGUGGCAUCGCCGGGAAUUGUGGUGGCAAAGUGCACCAUCAAGCCGCUGGCCCGACGGGCCCGGACACCAUUGAGCAACAAGGAGAAUGUGCCACCUGCUGGGGCUGUGAAAGCUGCGCCAAAGAGGACGAGUCCCCUGCCUGACUGGUACCCAAGGACCCCACUCCGUGACAUCACAUCUAUCAUAAAGGCCCUUGAGAGAAGAAAACGACUACAGGAUGCUGCAGCUCAGCAGCAGAUCCAAUGGAUUGAAGAUUCUUCACAACAGGUGGAUCCAAAAACUCCAGUACAAGAACAGAAUGAUCCUCAAAGCACACUAGAAGCUCAGGAAACACUGGGUGCUGUUGUCACAAACCUCACAACUUGUGUGACCGAGGGCAAGCCAAUGGUGUCUUCUUCUCCACCUGACUGCUCCUUGCAGACGGUUUCAUCCAAACCAAAUGAUUCAUCUCUAGCUGAUCUAAUGGAGAAGAAACUGUCCAGAUCAAUAGAGAAGAUCGAAAAGAUGGUGAACCAACAACUGAAGGAAACUCCGGAUCAGCCUUCCAAGGUGGCUGUCCAGAGGCGCACCCUGAUGUCCAUGCGAUGAGCUGAACCCUGCUUGGCACAGCAAUGGUUCUCCUCUAUCUGCUGCUUUCUUAGCAGCUAAGUCGAAGCCUAAUUUUGUAUAUGAACCACCAAAUGAGGCAUGGUGCCUGCACAGUUUUGCCUUUAGAGAGUGUCUUCCUGGUUCUCUGCACUGGGGGUAGGCUUGGUGUGCUCCUGGUUCUCUGCUUGAGGACCCUGGUAGUAGGAGGGUUGGGAGGGGCUCUAGCCUCUGGCGCUUCAGGGCAUGAUUAUCUAUGGAUAAACUUGCCAUAGUAAGCUUAGUGCAGUAAAACUUUAUUUGUAUCUUCUCUACCGACCAGAAAACGAAUCUUUGUACGUCUUUUUGUUUGUAAAAUGUGGCCUUACUACGUAGCAGUAGGAUAGACUAUUGGAUCUUGAUGGAAUGGUGUUGUUCGGUUAACUAAAUAGAUAGAUGCUGCA